AUGUCUCAGUUCUUGGAUUACCAGGUUUUAGUACAGGUGAUGUACACGUCCCACCGCACAGAGAUCCACUUGCGACAUGCUAUGGACGAAUUGGACCAACUUCGGAAACAAAAUGUCGAACUCAGGAAACUGGCAGCAGAUCUGAAAGAUGUUCAUCUCAACCCAGAUGUUUCCAAAGAUGAUGCUGUGAAAAGUCUGCGGAAACGUUUAGAAAGAGCCACCAAAGAACUUAAAUUGCUGGCAGAGAAGAAAAGUUUAAAUGUUUCUUCAGCUUUCAUAUGUUCUAUUCUGUCAUCUAUUAAUAACAAUAGGUUCUGUCUUUCGAGUAGAAUUUCUUUUGUUGCAAUGGUUAGUUUAUUGGUUUAUUUAAUUUUCCCCUCUCUCUCUCUCCCUCCCUGUCUCUGUCUCUCCUCCUCUUUCCCCCUCCUCCCUCCUCCCCCCUCCCUCCUCUCCCUCUCCCCUCCUCCCUCCUCUCUCCUCCCUCCCUCCCUCUCUCUGUCUCUCCUCCCUCUCUCUCUGUCUCUCUGUCCCUCUCUCCUCCCUCCCUCUCUCUGUCUCCUCCCUCCCCUCUCUCUCUCUCUCUCCUCCCUCCUCUGUCUCUCCUCCCUCUCCUCUCCUCCCCCCUCUCUGUCUCUCCUCCCUCCCUCUCUCUGUCUCUCCUCCCUCCCUCUCUCUGUCUCUCCUCCCUCCCUCUCUGUCUUUCUCCAGUUGUUAUCUAUUUCAGUUUUCUCAGAUCUGUCAAUUCCCACUAGUUCAUAUGUGUCUGUCCCUGCUUCUCCCCCUCAUCUUCCUUUCCCCUCUGCUAUUCCUAUUGAGACAUUAUUUUCUCGCUCACUGGUUCCACAUAUUUCCUGCUUUUUCAACCUGCUUAUUUGGUUCAUUCAUCCAUCUUCUCUCUCUCUCUCGUUGUUUUUCCCCAGUUCCCUCUCCAUCUCGUUGUUUUUCACCCGGUUCACCUCUCCCCCUCGUUGUUUUUUCACCCGGUUCCUCUCCGCCUCGUUGUUCUUCACCCGUUGUACUCUCCGCCUCAUUGUUCUUCACCCAUCUCCUCGUUCUUCCUCGUUUGACACUCUCACCCGGUUCCAGUUGACCUCUCCCCUCGUCAUUCUUCACCCAGUUCACACUCUCCCGCCUCGUUGUUUUUCACCGGUUCACCUCUCAUAUACCGUUGUUCUUCACCGGUUCCCUCUCCGCUCGUUGUUUUUCACCGGUUCACACUCUCCGGUACCGUUGUUCUUCACCUGGUUCCUCUCCGCCUCGUUGUUUUUCACCCGGUUGGCCUCUCCGCCUCGUUAUUUUCACCGGUUGUACUCCGCCUCGUUCUUUUCACCCGUUGGCCUCUCCGCUCGUCGUUUUCACCAGUUGACCUCUCCGCCCGUUGUUUUCACCGGCCUUGUUCUUCACCGGUUUCACCUCUCAGGCCUCGUUCUUUUCACCUCCGUUCCGUUCUUCUCCCGCCUCUCCGCCUUGUUUUCACCGGUUGACCUCUCUCCGCCUCGUUGUUUUCACCGGUUGGCCUCUCGCCUCGUUGUUUUCACCCGGUGGCCUCUCCGCCUCGUCGUUUUUCACCGGUUGACCUCUCCGCCUCGUUAUUUUCACCCGGUUGACCUCUCCGCCUCGUUUUGGCCUCUCCGCCUCGUUGUUUUUCACCGGUUGACCUCUCGCCUCGUUGUUUUUCACCGGUUGUGCACUCUCCGCCUCGUUGUUUUUCACCCGGUUGACACUCUCCGCCUCGUUGUUUUUCACCCGGUUGACACUCUCCGCCUCGUUGUUUUUCACCCGGUUGACACUCUCCGCCUCGUUGUUUUUCACCCGGUUGACACUCUCCGCCUCGUCCCUUCUCUUUCGUCUUUUUCACCCGGUCCCUUCUCUUUCGUCUUUUUCACCCAGUCCCUUCUCUUUCGUCUUUUUCACCCAGUCCCUUCUCUUUCGUCUUUUUCACCCAAUUCUCUAGAAGAAAAAAAAAUCAUCUAA